UGGCGCACUGGCUGGAUGGUUAUGGAAGGAAGGGAUCUUGAAGUCUCGUGUUAGGCUAUUAGGCUAGUUUUGAACGGUGGCCAUCAUUGAAUGGCUGCUACACGGAUACGUGUGUCACGAUCUUAUUUGUUUCGUUCAGGAAUUAUAUGUUUGAGAUCAAUGUCGUCUGUCGGGAUGGACGAUAUGGGACUGGCGACGAGUCAGUCGCCCGUCGAAAGACUUGAGUUCGACAAUGUUGUUCUAAAGAAGCUUCCCUUGGAUCCUUCUCAGGAACCAGGUGUGAGAAUGGUCAAGGGAGCCUGCUUCUCCCGUGUUCAGCCGACACCACUCACCAACCCUAAAUUCGUGGCUGUUUCUGGCCGAGCGCUUGCAUUGCUCGGCCUGAAUGAAGAAGAAGUUCUGAAAGACCCACUCGGCCCUGCAUAUUUGAGUGGCUCGAAGGUGAUGCCUGGGUCUGAGCCGGCUGCGCACUGCUACUGCGGUCACCAGUUUGGUAACUUUGCGGGUCAGCUGGGUGACGGAGCAGCUUGCUACCUGGGCGAAGUUAAGGCGCCAGCUGAUCAGGACUCUGAGCUGUUGAAGGAGAACCCAUGUGGGCGAUGGGAAAUCCAAGUCAAAGGAGCGGGGUUGACACCUUACUCUCGACAGGCAGACGGGCGAAAGGUCCUGCGCUCAAGCAUCCGGGAGUUCCUCUGCAGUGAGGCGAUAUUCUCUCUGGGAAUCCCGACCACUCGUGCAGGGUCCCUGGUCACCUCCGACUCCAAGGUCGUAAGGGACGUGUUUUACAGCGGGAAGCCUCGCAUGGAGAGGUGCUCCGUGGUGCUGCGUAUUGCUCCCACGUUCAUUAGAUUUGGCUCUUUUGAGAUCUUCAAAGGGGCGGAUGAGCACACCGGCAGACAGGGCCCCAGUCACGGCCUCGACGAGAUCCGCACGCAGAUGCUGGAUUAUGUCAUCCAGACCUUCUACCCCGAGAUCCAGCAGAGUCACGCAGACAAGGUGGAGAGGAACACGGCCUUCUUCAGAGAGCUGAUGUCCCGCACAGCGCGCAUGGUGGCUCAGUGGCAGUGUGUGGGCUUCUGUCACGGCGUGCUCAACACGGACAACAUGAGCAUCCUGGGCCUCACGCUGGACUACGGCCCCUACGGCUUCAUGGACCGUUUUGACCCGGACUUCAUCUGCAACGCGUCCGAUGAGUCUGGCCGCUACUCGUAUCAGGCGCAGCCGGCGAUCUGCCGCUGGAACCUGGUGAAGCUGGCGGAGGCGCUGGCCCCUGACCUGCCCGCGGAGCGUGCCGAGGCCGUGCUGGACGAGUACCUGCCCGUCUACAACGCCGCCUACGUGGGCACCAUGAGGCGCAAGCUGGGCCUGCUGCGCACCGACGAGCCGGAGGACGAGGCGCUCAUCACACAGCUCAUGCAGACCAUGCACAACACCGGUGCGGACUUCACCAACUCCUUCCGCUGCCUGAGCCAGGUGAGCUGGCCAGGUGAGGGGGAGGUGGAGGAGGAGGCGCUGAAGCGGAACGCUGACCUCCUGCUGGAGCAGUGUGCCUCUCUGGAGGAGCUCAGGGACGCCAACAGACCCACCAUAGACCCACGUGAGCUGAUGAUGCUGUUGUCCAUGGCUCAGAACAACCCUGCGCUGUUCCAGAUGUUGUCCCAGGGCCGCAACCUGACCAAACAGCUGGAGCGGCUGAGCCGGCUGAAGGAGCUCCUGGAGACCACUGAGGACCAGCUGAGGACCAAGCAGCUGGAGGACUGGACCACCUGGCUGGCGCUCUACAGGGAGAGACUGCGGCGGGAGUGUGAGGGUGUGUGUGACGUGCAGGCUGCGCGAGAGGAGAGGGUGCGCGUGAUGGACAGCACUAACCCUCGCGUGGUGCUCAGGAACUACAUUGCCCAGAAUGCAAUAGAGGCGGCCGAGAACGGAGACUUCUCAGAGGUCCAGCGGGUGCUGAAGGUUCUAGAACAUCCCUUCAGUUCCGUGCCAGGUUUGGAGCAGCCCGGUUGGCUGGGCCGGGGAGGGGUGGAGGAGCCAGGAGAGAGGGAUGAGAGAGGAGAGGAGAGCGGAGGAGAGGAGGCGGAGGCGGCGGCGGGGGGGGCAGCAGGAGCGGGCAGCUCGGAGGGGGGGGCAGCACAGCGUGUACUCGUCCCCUACGACAGCAAGCCCCCCGCUUGGGCCAGCGAGAUCUGCGUCACCUGAUCCUCAUAAGCCCUUCCUGACCACUAGGCCUCUGGUGCGACCCAUGCAGAGAGAGAGAGAGAGAGAAGUUGUGUGUGUGAGAGAGAAAGUGAUGAGACAGACAGAGAGAGAGUAGGUGUGUGUGUGUAUGUGUGUGAGAUAGAGAGAGAAAGUGAGGCAGAAAGAGUAGGUGUGUGUGCGUGAGAGAGAGAGAGAGAGAGAGAGAUGAAGGCUGAAGCACUAUUGUCUUUUCCUCUUCCCCAUGAAUAGUGGAUUUGUAGCUCUUUAUUUUCUCUUCCACACUGUGAUCUCUCUCUCCAUAUCAGUCUGUCUCCCUCUCUCUCUCUCCCUCCAUAUCCGUCUGUCUGUCUGUCUGUCUGUCUGUCUCUCUCCCUCCAUAUCCGUCUGUCUCUCUCUGUGGGGUCGUGCAUGUUUAGGUCAAAGGUCAAGGAAGGCAUGUGUGUGGUGUUGAGCUCCUGAGUCAAACCAGCGAAGAGAGGCAGAGAGGUCACAGAGAGGUCACAGUCACAUCCCAGGACUUCAGCAGCAUCGGUCUGGACAUUGAAUGAGCUUCUGGUUGAUGAUGUGCAGAAGGCCAGCUGAAGCUGGACAAUGGUGGUGAUGCGGUGUGUGAUGUGUGUGUGUGACGUGGUGAUGCGGUGUGUGAUGACCUAUCCUCUCUGCUCCUCUCUGCUCUUCUCUGUCUCUCUCGCCGGCUGGUUUUGAAUGACGACUCACUCCUCUAGUCCCACUGGGGCAGGUGUGAGUCUGAACUACCAGGAACCCAACACCUUCAUUUGUACCAAAGUUCUGUUGUGUGUGUGAGUGUGUGAGUGUGUGAGUGUGUGAGUGUGUGAGUGUGUGAGUGUGUGAGUGUGUGAGUGUGUGAGUGUGUGAGUGUGUGAGUGUGUGAGCGUGUGCGUGUGCGUGUGCAUGUGUGCGUGUGUGUGUGUGAGAGAGAGAAUGUUGAAUCCUCAUUACCUGAUGUCUCAACGCACAUAAGUACAGAAGCAGAUACUUCUUCUCAGUCUAAGCGCACAAACUCAGUCACACUUAACAAUAUCCUAUUCCCUCACUGUGGCAGCAUGGCUGCAUAGAGGUAGAACCAUCCCAUAUACUCAUGCUAACAUUCAUAGCGCUUAGAUAAAUACAUGAAACAAUGUAUAGGGAACUGUCAAUGUUAACAGGAGUCUAUUGCAGAUUUUGCAUUUUGAAAACAAGGGAGUGGUUUUAAGAGAUGUAAUGCUACAGGUCGUCUAAGCAUUUUUUUAAGGAGGAAAAGUAAAUUCAGUUUGCAUUUUGUUUUUCAACAUGUAAACCUAAUUCAAUGGGGAACUUUUUCACAUUUUAAAGAGGGAAAGUAAAAUAGAAUGUAUAUUUGAUUUUCAUCAUAUAAAUUUGAUUUGGGAAGGAAAUGUUAUUUUGUAUGUCUUCAACUCCUUUAUGCUUUUAAUAAUGAGCACUGCACUAUGUAUUGUGUAUACCCUGCAAUACAGCUAACCCAAUAAAUCUGACAGCAAAGACA